CAUUUUUGCCUCAUUUUGUUUGGGGGGGCGGUUAGGAUGAUACGGAGACUGAAUGACGUUUGUUGUAGGGCUGUAGAUUUUUAGUGACUUUUUGUUAAUUGCCCUCUUAUUGCUGCAAUCAGACACUGAAGCACAUAAGUGUUCGGACGAUAAAUAAGGCGAUUGCUAGGUAGCGGUGGUUAGCUAGGUUAGCUUCGGGCUAGAUUGUGUUUAAGUGUCUUCCCCCUCGAUGUCUCAAUGCACCUGGUCUCUGAAGGAUAGAUCUGAGAGCACCAUGUCCUGCUCUGGAAACCUGAUUUGGGAUGUAAGGAAACGCUCCAUUGGAUACGAUGAUCCCAACCUUGUCAGAACGAACUAUUUGGGCAGAAGAGAAUUCGUGCAGCGUCUGAAGCUUGAAGCCAUACUCAAUGUGCAUGAUGGCUGUGUUAAUACCAUAUCCUGGAAUGACACAGGGGAAUACAUUUUAUCAGGAUCUGAUGACACUAAUUUGGUUAUUACAAAUCCCUACAACAGGAAGGUCAAAGCGACCAUCCGCUCAGGUCACCGGGCCAACAUUUUCAGCGCCAAGUUCAUGCCACACACCAGUGAUCAGCAGAUCGUGUCGUGCUCAGGAGACGGCCUCGUUUACUACACGCACACGGAAAAGAACCCGGACACAAACAGGCAGUGCCAGUUCACCUGCCACUACGGAACGGCUUAUGAGAUAAUGACCGUUCCUAAUGACCCCUAUACCUUCCUGUCUUGUGGGGAAGAUGGCACAGUUAGGUGGUUUGAUCUGCGCAUGAAGACCAGCUGCACGAAGGAGGACUGUAAAGAUGAUAUUCUGAUUAAUUGUCGGAGAGCUGCUACCUCGAUAUCCAUCUGUCCCCUGGUGCCCUACUACCUUGCUGUGGGAUGCUCGGACAGCUCCGUGAGAAUCUAUGACAGGCGUAUGCUUGGCACAAGGGCUACGGGUAACUACAUGGGGCGCGGGACCACAGGCAUGUGCGUGCGCUUCGUUCCGGCCCACUUGUCUAACAAGUCGUGCCGCGUGACGUCGCUGUGCUACAGUGGAGAUGGGCAGGAGGUUCUGGUCAGCUACUCCUCCGACUACAUCUACCUGUUCGACCCCAAAGACGACCAGGCCCGGGAGCUCAAGGGCCCGUCUGAGGAAAGGCGAGAGGAGCUGAGGCAGCCGCCUGUAAAGCGGUUACGUCUGAGGGGAGACUGGUCUGACACAGGGCCGCGCGCCAGGCCGGAGAGCGAGAGAGAACGCGACGGAGAGCAGAGCCCGAACGUGUCGCUCAUGCAGAGGAUGUCGGACAUGCUGUCGCGCUGGUUCGAGGAGGCCAGCGAGGCCCAGGGCAGCAGAGCUCGUCCGCAGGCCCGGCCGAGAGGUACUGUGGCUCGACCAGAGGAGGCAGCAGCACCAUCAGAGACACCCUCUCAGGAACCUGUGGAAACCGAAGGCCCCAUGGACGUGGAGGCAGCCGCCCCCGAGCCUUCUACCACGCCAGCAUCAGCUUCUGUCUCCGGCUCUACCUCAGCCUCAGCCUCCGCCUCUGCUUCUACCUCUGCCACGGCCUCUGCACAACCCCUGCCCCAAUCCAUCUCCUCGUCCUCGUCUGGCUCCUCCUCCACUGUGUCAGCCCCGCCCCACCCCACUUCUUCUUCCAUGCUCUCCUCUCCAGACUCGGAGCAGAAGAGCCAGGCUGAAGACACGCCCACUAGCUCAGCCACACCCACCCCCUCAACAGAGGCUGUUCUCUCUGAAUAUGGCCCCCGCAGGCUGCCGGUAAGUUUAGUGUGCAGGCGUUUGCAGAGGCUGCUGCUCCUGGCUGACCCUCCUGGGCAGGGCCAGCAUUCAGCCUCUCGAGCCUCCAGGGCCUCCAGCUCAGAGGGCCCCGCCCAGGGCCAUGCCGCAGGGAGCCGCCCCCCAGCAGAUUCCCCCUCGUCUGUGGUGAACAAACAGCUCAGAUCCAUGACUCUGGAUGAGCAGCAGGCAAGCACUGAGGCGUCAGGGACAGUACAGAGUGAUGCAAGCACAACUACUGCAGAAGCGUGUGCCGAGUCUGGAAAGCGCCUCCCGCCGGCAGCCGGCACGGGCGCGGGUCCCGGGCGGGUGCCGGGGGCCACGGCGGCCAUGGCUGAGCCUGUCCUCAGCUUGCACUACAGCACAGAGGGUACCACCACUAGCACCAUCAAGCUAGACUUCACCGACGAGUGGAGUAGUCCCGCGUCCAGCUCCAGGGCAGGUGGUGGGGGUCAGAAGCCUACGGAAGUGGUCAAGGGCCAGGAGACUACAGGAGAGACACCAGUACAGGUCUCAGCAGGGGUGGCCCAGAGCACAGACAACCAGCCCAAUGAGGGCGAUACUGAGAAGGCUCCUGGCGGCGCCUUGCAGUCCGACCCAGCUGAGGACCUGACGGCAGGGUGCACAGGGAGCCCGGCCAGCCCAGUUGAUCAGGCGGCAGCAGGCUCGGACGAGUCCUCCGAGGGGUUCAGGAGGACGGAAGCAACAGUGAAGGGUGCUCAGAGCUCCGCUCAGCCCGCUCGUAGUAACCAGGACUCUGACGAUAGCGACGACGACCCCAUCCUCAUCCCCUCAGCCAGGUACAGAGGAGCUCCAGGACAGAGAUUUAGCUUCAGAGGCUCGGCAGUAGGCGAUAGGAUGAUCAGGCGCUCUGCAGCGGCCCGCAUCCAGGAGCUCUUCCGCAGAAGGAAGGAGCGGCGUGAGAUGGAGGAGAGUGAGACCCAGAACAUCAGAAGACCUGCCGUUAAAAUGAUGUACAAGGGCCACCGCAAUUCCAGGACCAUGAUAAAGGAGUCAUGUUUUUGGGGCACUAACUUUGUGAUGAGUGGCUCGGACUGCGGGCACAUCUUCAUCUGGGACAGGCACACGGGAGAGCAUCUGAUGCUGCUUGAAGCUGACAAUCAUGUGGUCAACUGCCUGCAGCCCCACCCUUACGACCCCAUUCUCGCCUCAUCUGGAAUCGACUAUGACAUCAAACUGUGGUCCCCACUUGAGCAGUCACCAUCGUUUAACAGAGACCUUGCCGAAGAGGUGAUUGCACGUAAUGAACUGAUGCUGGAGGAGACGAGGAACACCAUUACUGUUCCUGCUUCCUUCAUGCUGCGCAUGCUGGCCUCACUCAAUCACAUCCGAACAGACCGCACUGAGGGCUCUGGACAGGAGAACGAGGAUGAACAGUAAUCCUGCUGAGACUUUUUUUUUUUUUUUAAACAAGCUGUUUCUUUGUUUUGAAACAGUCAAAUAUUUGAGAUUUGUACAGGCAAUUAUAUAGAAUACUCCCUUGUUAGAUCAAUUUUUAGUAUUCUUUUUUUAAAGAUGACUUUCCUACUGAUCACCCCAAAUGAGAUUAAACGUCUGUGAAAACGAAUAAAAAGCAAACAAGGGCAAUGCGCACAUGAGAAGAGGAGUGUAGGUGACAGGUCUGAGAAUAUUUAAGUGCAAUAUUUUUGUUGCGCACAUGAUUGAGCUUUGGUCAUUGUUAGGUUUGGUUCUUUUUAUUGUAGCAUUGUAUCAGGAAAAGAAUUCAAAUGUUGUAUACCUGCAGUUGCAUGCAUGUCAGACAUGAAAUCAUGCUUUGUUUUUGUUGUUGAAAAUCUAGUUUUCCUUCUAGUCAGUGUGCAGUUUGUGUAAAGGCAGACAGGCUUUCUAUGAUUCCUUUUUGCUCUUCCACGAAACCUGCUUGAUGGACUCAAAUGCCAGCCACCCCCUCCAGAUCAGGAUCAGCAGUUAGUGAGGUUUCAUAUCAGUGUGCCCUACUGAGGGAUCCAGACAUAGCUGUAUUACAGUGGACUGAAUGUGCAGAGUGCAAUGUGAGUGGGCAGAUGUGUCAGUUUUGUGAAUUUGAUCAACAGCAGCUGUCUACUCAAACCGUUCUUACUAAUGGCUGGUAGAUCACGGCUUGCUUCGGCUGUCGGCUAACAGGACAGACGGUGUAUGUUUUGGCAGCUGCUGGCCAGAGUGCUGUGCUAAGUGGACGUUGAUUAUAGAGAGGCAGGCUACAGCUCAUCCUCCCUCCCCCCAUCCCCUGUGGCGCUUUGUACACGUCAUUUCACACCAUUUAGAAAUGCAAGCUGCCCCGUUCAUCCACCAGGUCCGCAAUCAUGAGUUUUAGUUGCAUUUGAAAGAAACAAAAGUGUAACGGAGAAAAUGAAUAUUUAUGGUAUUGAAUGUGCUGUGAUAAAUAUGGACACUAAAUGCAUUUUUAAAAGAACCUUUUAAAGGAUUUAAUGACACAAUUUGAAAUCGAUAAUCAAAAUGUUCUUUUUGAUCACAAUAAAUCAUUGCAAGAAA